GUAUGACCGGUUGCUGCGGAUCCGAGCAUUAAGGUGGGAAUAUGGCAGUGUCCUACCAAACACCAUCCAGUUCCACAUGUCAGCUGAGGAAGUGGAGUGGUUCAAUCGGUACAAAAAGUCUCUGGCUACCUACAUGAGGUCAGUAGGAGGAGAGGAAGGGCUGGACCUUACACAGGACAUAAAACCUCCUAAAAGCCUGUACAUUGAAGUGCGGUGUUUAAGAGACUAUGGAGAAUUUGAGAUUGAUGAUGGUACCACUGUCCUGUUGAAGAAGAAUAGCCAGCACUUCUUACCCCGCUGGAAAUGCGAGCAGUUAAUCAGACAAGGAGUCCUUGAGCACAUUCUGUCAUAA